UAAACAAGGACACGUGUCUCUCUCACAUCCACCUGUCACCUUCACCGUCCUUUGGAUUCUCUUCUUCCUACUCCCAUAGUAUUCCUUUGUUUGUUUCCUGAACUUUGUUCUGUUUCAAGCCAAAGAAAGAAUACAAUCCCCCUUUCUCAAACACCCGUGAGUAUUCAAUAAUCAAUUUCCUUUCUUCUUUCUUCUUUCAUUUUCUUCAUCUGAUCCGCUAAAUCCCUCUAAUGGCCAUGCGUUGAUACCCAACAAAUGUUUACCUUUUAUCUCUUCAUCUUUUUCGUCUUCGCCAUUGCUGCGGGAGCUCUUCCCACCACUGAAUUCGAUUUCGGUACGUUGACGCUCGGGAGUCUGAAACUUAUCGGCGACGCCCAUUUGAACAAUGGCAGCGUCAGUCUCACGCGUGAUCUGGCGGUUCCUAACUCCGGCGCCGGCAAGGUUCUUUACACGAAGCCCGUUAGGUUCCGGCAACCGGGCACCCAUUCUCCGGCUAGCUUUUCGACUUUCUUCUCCUUCUCUGUAACUAAUCUCAACCCCUCCUCCAUCGGCGGAGGUCUCGCUUUUGUCAUCUCGCCGGACGACGAGACUGUCGGCGCCGCCGGCGGCUCUCUCGGCCUACUCGACGACAAGGGCCUUGGUUCGGGAUUUGUGGCAGUGGAAUUUGAUACCCUAAUGGACGUGGAGUUUAAGGAUAUUAAUGGUAAUCACGUGGGUUUGGAUCUAAACACCAUGGUAUCGUCGGAGGUUGGCGAUUUGGGUGCCAUAGAUAUUGAUCUCAAGAGCGGUGAUAUAGUGAAUUCAUGGAUUGAGUAUGACGGGUCAACUCGUAUUUUCAACAUCUCAGUUUCUUACUCGAAUUUGAAACCGAAAGACCCGAUUUUGUCGGUCAUUCUCGAUCUGGAUCAGUACGUGAAUGACUUUAUGUACGUGGGGUUUUCUGGGUCGACUCAGGGGAGCACAGAGACUCACAGUAUCGAAUGGUGGAGUUUUAGCUCCUCCUUUGAGUCGAACUCGGAAUCUGACUCGGUCACACCGCCGCCUCCAAUGACUAGUUUAAUGAAUCCAACGGCUAAUUCCGUGAAAUCACCGCCUCCUUCAUUACCUCCUUCUGGUUCCAAUCCGAUCUCCAGUACUCAACAAAAGAGCAGCAAGUCAUCUUCCUGCCACAACCAGUUAUGCAAGCAAGGUGCAGGGGCUGUUGCAGGAGUGGUUACUGCAGGGGCCUUCUUCUUAGCCCUGUUCGGCGGUGCUCUUUUCUGGGUUUACAACAAGAAAUUCCAAAAUGUAAAAAAAUCAGAAUCUUUUGCAUCUGAUAUAAUCAAAAUGCCGAAAGAAUUCACCUACAAGGAGCUGAGAUCCGCUACCAAAUGCUUCAAUGCGAAUAGAAUAAUCGGCCAUGGCGCAUUCGGGACUGUCUACAAGGGUAUUUUAACAGAGACCGGCGACAUUGUUGCAGUAAAAAGAUGCAGCCAUAGUACGCAAGGCAAGAACGAGUUUCUCUCAGAAUUAUCAAUAAUCGGAGGUCUUCGCCAUCGAAAUCUGGUAAGACUUCAAGGAUGGUGCCAUGAAAAAGGUGAAAUUCUAUUAGUUUAUGAUUUAAUGCCAAAUGGGUCCCUCGACAAAGCUUUAUUCGAAGCAAGAACACCUCUCCCAUGGACUCACAGACAAAAAAUAUUACUGGGUGUAGCAUCAGCUCUAGCUUACUUACACCAAGAAUGUGAAAACCAGGUGAUCCACAGAGAUGUAAAGAGCAGCAACAUAAUGUUAGACGAAGGAUUCAAUGCUCGUUUAGGUGAUUUUGGAUUAGCCAGACAAGUGGAGCACGACAAAUCUCCAGACGCCACAGUAGCCGCCGGAACAAUGGGUUAUUUAGCUCCAGAAUAUCUCUUAACCGGAAGAGCAACGGAGAAAACCGACGUGUUCAGCUACGGAGCGGUUGUUCUUGAGGUGGCUUGUGGGAGGAGACCGAUAGAGAAGGAAUUUUCAGGGGUUGGAGUAAACAGCAAUCUGGUAGAGUGGGUUUGGAGCUUGCACAGAGAAGGAAGGUUGUUAAUGGCGGCUGAUGCGAGACUUGAAGGUGAGUUUGAUGAAAAUGAGAUGAGGAAGGUGCUCUUGGUUGGGUUGGCUUGUUCGAACCCUGACCCACUGGCUCGACCCACCAUGAGAGGUGUGGUCCAGAUGCUGGUGGGGGAGACAGAGGUCCCAUUUGUUCCCAGAGCCAAACCUUCAAUGAGUUUUAGCACUUCACAUCUUUUGUUGAGCUUGCAGGACAGUGUGUCAGAUUGUAAUGGCAUGAUCACUAUAACCAGUUCUUCCUCAUCAGAAAAUAGUUAUAAUGGUGGGGAUGAUUUGGUGUGAAGCGUCGUCAAGAUUUACCCAAAAGGGCUCUUAUUUUUUACCUUAUGUAUACGUUAUAUGUCAAUUCAUAUUCAUUUGUUCAUGUAUAUGUAAAACCCAAUAACAAUACCUUUUAAGGUCUAGUUUUUAGGCAAUUUUGUGUUUACUGAUGUUCUUAGUUUUGGGUGAAUAAAAUAACCACCUUUUACUAAA